AUGGCAUCUGGGACCGCCAGUUUUCGGGCUCCAGGCAUGUUUGGGUGCGAAUUCUGUCCAAAAGCCCUGCCUACCAAAGGGUCUUUGAAUCGUCAUCGUAACACUCACAUACGACCAUACAAGUGUGAUAUUUGCCAAAGUGGUUUUGCUUUGCGCAGCGAUUUACGACGCCACGAAGGCAAGCAUGGAAGUGUGGAUCCACAAUACAUGUGCAAGUGGCCUAAAUGUGACUUCAGAGGAUCCGCGCGGAAAGACAAUCUGCUGAGGCAUAUGAAAAAAAUGCAUUCAGAGGUAGUACCCACUGAUGAAGAAGACACUUGCAAUGCCACUCUCUUACGAGAUGCUUACGAUGAAGCGGUUGAAAAUAGGAAGGAAUCUGAGAAAAGUCUCACUAUUCUGAGGCUCGUGCAAGAUGGAAAUAUUACUUCGCUCGAGUUGCUACUACACGAAGGGGGUAAUGUUAUGGAGACCACUGACACCGGAAAAACCGCACUGCACAUAGCUGCCUUUAAUGGCCAUUUGAAAAUUGUCGAACUCCUUCUCAACAUGAAUAUUGAGCAUAACGCUAAGGACUCGGAUGGAAGAUCUGCUCUUCAUGAGGCCGCUAGAGGUGGAAAUUCUCAAAUCUUCCGAGAGCUCAUCGCUGCCGGACUGGACCUAUUUGAUAGAAACAACAAUGGUGAAGAUCCAUUGUGUGAAGCGUGCCGUAACGGGCAUCGAGAUCUCGUGCAAGAAAUACUCGGAAUGGAAACGCAGCCCUGGUCAAGAAAUGACUCGAUAUUAUCUCUUUCUCCGUUGACCUUGUAUUCAAUAUAUAACCAUAAUAUUGAUGAUGGCAAAGCCGACCGUCUGAGAAGAGGCAUCAAACUGGCAAUUGAAAAUGGACACCGUGCUAUAACCGAGGCUAUUCUAUUCCAGUACUUGGACAGCAACCGGACAUUUUUGGAAUAUGCUCUUAAGAAAGCUGCAAGUUUGGGAGAUUAUCAGCUUGUCGUCUCAAUCCUCCAGCGAAAGGAUCGAUUAAGGCUGCGGGUCUGUUUCCGCGCACUUAGGCUUGCUGCUGUACACAGAGAUAGCCCCAUCAUGGACACAUUGUUUGAGGAGGCAAUCCGACCCAAAAUCGGAGCUGAUAUGAAAGAACUCCAUAUCCUGCUUCUACGGGUGGCUGCUUGUGACAAUGAUGAUAUAGUUCGUUUUCUCAUUGAAAAGGGGGCAAAUUUAAAUUACCAAUCUGGUAGACAUCGGUUUACACCUCUACACAUAGCUUCUAGCCAUGGCAAAUUGACAAUCGUUGCUACGCUACUCGAAGCGGGGGCUCACGUGGACCUUAGUAGUUACAAGGGUACAGCGCUUUCCAUGGCCAUAGUCCGAGGAAAUAAAGAAGUUUCUGCUUUAUUGGUUGAAGCUGGAGCUGACAUCAAUGUUUCCGUCAAGUAUGGAGGUACAAUUCUUCAAGAGGCUACUCGGAGAGGAUAUAAGGAAUUUAUUGAAUUGUUGAUCGAAAAAGGAGCGGAGAUCAAUGCUCCUGGUAGUCAUCGUUCUGGGACAGCACUUCAAGAGGCUGUUAAGAAAGGAGAUAAGGAAAUAAUUGAAUCGUUGAUUGAAAGGGGAGCUGAGAUCAAUGCUCCCAGUAGUCAAUAUGCUGGGACAGCACUUCAAGAGGCUGUUAAGAAAGGAGAUAAGGAAUUAAUCGAAUUGUUGAUCGAAAAGGGAGCGGAGAUCAAUGCUCCCGCUAAUAAUGGUUCUAGCACAGCACUUCAAGAGGCUAUUAAGAGAGAACAUAAGGAAAUUAUUGAAUCUUUUAUCGAAAAAAAGGCCAAGGUCAACGCUCCCGCUAAUUAUCAUUCUGGUACAGCACUUCAAGAGGCUGUUAGGAGAGGGAGUGAAUCGAUCAUUGCACAGUUGAUUCAACAUGGUGCUGAUGUCAACGCCCCAGAAAACCCAGGAUCACCAUGGGACCCUAAUCCUGGGGUUGCAAUCCAAGAAGCUGUGAAACAUGGGGAUCAAACAAUUGUGGAUAUGCUACUACUUGCUGGAGCCGAUGCCAAUACCCCAGCUAACAAAAAUCGUGGCACGCCUUUACAGGAAGCUGUAAGAAAUGACAACGAGUAUACGGUAAAACAGUUGAUCGACCUCGGUGUUGAUGUUAAUGCUUCGGCUGUUGAUUCAUCGAAUCACUCUUGGAGGAGCAAUUGCAAUCCGGAAAUUGCAAUUCGGGAAGCUGUAAAGAAGGGAAACCAGAAGAUCCUGGAGAUGCUCACUCGAGCUGGCGCCGUCGACCCUAAGAAAAGUUGA